AUGGCCACACCUGAGGAUUUUGGUCUUAGAAAGGACUUUAUUCUCCCUAUUCCCAGCCUGACUACGACAAGUUCAUCUGGAAUAACUUACGUCUCGUUCGCAAGGGCUUGCCCACGGAUUAUGCGACUGCUUCGUUCUCUGCCUGAAGACGAAUAUCCGCUGGAGGAGGUCGAGCUUAGCGCGGGCGGGGACUACCUCGUUCCUUCAUAUGCUUCGUUCGGCUCCGAAUGGGAUCGGAUGAAGGGCGGGCCGAGUGUGAUAAACCUGGGAGCGGCCGUGGACCGUCUGAAGGCUACCUGCGACUUGAUCAUCGAGGUACUCGCCCUGGAACCCUUGGGCGGGACAGAAAGCCCGACAUCUUCCUCGGUUCAUACGCUGUCGUCGGGAUUGGUCACGGGCGGAGGUGGGAAGGUACUUGUACAGAGCCGAAUGACGUUCUCGUAG